AUGGCUGCUUCGGUUAAAAUCGACCAACUUACUGGCGAUAAUUAUGAUACAUGGAAGAUCCAUAUGCGGGCUAUUUUGAAGAAAAAUGACCUGUGGGAUUAUGUGUCGGGCGCGAUACCGAAGCCUGCGAAAACUGACGCCAAGUUUGCCGAGUGGUGUAAAAUGGACGGUAAAGCCGAGUCGGACAUUUUGUUAGCUGUUAGCCCGAGCGAGUUAAUAGCACUGAAUGGAUUAGAUACUUCUAAAUCUAUAUGGGACAAAUUAAAAUCAAUGUACCAGUCUAGUGGACCGGCACGGGAAGCAUCUUUAUUAAAGAAACUUGUCCUGACUCGUAUGCAAGAAGAAGAUGACUUGCGUAAACACAUAGCAGAUUUUUUCGAUGCUGUCAAAAAAUUAAAAGAAAUUGGUCUCGUACAAAUUGUAGUUAACUUUCUCGGUAUCGAACGCGUAAAAAAUCUCGCACUAGGCACACAGAUGUAA